AUGGGAUCUGCCAAUCACCGCAAGCCCUCCGGCGACACUGACGGAGCCCCGAGCUCUGCCCCGGCCCCGAAUCUCCGGCAGAACGACGCUCGAGCCAAGAGCCGCCGCCCAGCAUCCCAGUCACAAUCGCUGUUACAGCCUCCGUCACUGAGUCCGGUUUCCCGUCAGGCGCAAACCGAAGGCCCUCCGCACCCUGAAUCCUCCCGGGGUAAACUCGUUGUACGUCCACACAGCUUAAGGCACGGCGCUGCUCGUGGUACGCGGAGUGCCACCAACCGAGAGCUCAUUUCCGCCUUUGAAUGGGCCGCUCUCGAGAUUGAGAAGCAGCACUCUCCAGGGGGGGCCUCAACGGCUGCCGAGGACCGUAAUCAAGGCCAUUGGCCGAAGGUGGUCGUUCCAGUGCCCAAACCUCAUACCAAGAAAAUGUCUCGGAAUCGUCCCCGGGGCCCUCCCGUGCCCAGGGACAACGGCCUUGCCGUGAACGAGGAGACUGAUAUGUGGAAUAGGAUCCUCCAGGAUCUACGCAAGGCAAAGGAGAAGAAUGAUAAGCAGAAAGACUUGGCAGAACAGAUAGGGGCUUUGAAUGAGAAAUUUGGCAGAGAAGGUGGAAAACCCACCCUCAGUGAGCAUAAUCAACUCGAUGAUCUUUACCGUCAAAUGCUCAAGCUAUGCGAAGACGAGAGGGCUAUUCUUCAAGAUGAACCAAGCGACGUGAUCAAGAAUUUGGGUCUUCUCACUGCGCUCCGGCAGGCGUCGGAGGCAGAGGCUCCCCUGAGCCGUGCUGCUUCUUUAUCCAAGUCACGGAAGAAGCGGAACGAUGUGGACGGGUCGGCUACUGAUUCACCAGGUCCGUCAGGCGUCUCUGACAAAGGUAGUCGCUCCAAGAACGGCACCCAGCGCAGCACCAGCGUGUCCAGCACGCAAGUCCGCGAUAGUGUGCAGGUCAAGAUAGAAGAAGGAUCCGAAAGCGCCAAAGCUACACCUGCAGAGCGCAACGGACAGCUAGCUGUGGGUGCCGAAGUUGUCUUCAAACACAACAAGAAUAAGCAGGGUGUGGAAGGUGAGGGAAUUCAGUGCAUUAUUAAAGGGAUUACAGGUGAGGGAAACAAGAAAAGAUACGAUGUCCAGGACCCGGAGCCGAACGAAAACGGUGAACAAGGGGCUGUCUACAAGACCACGGCUGUGUCUUUAAUCCCAAUUCCUCGAAUGGGGUCGGCCUUACCAUCAUUCUCUGUAGGAAAGCAAGUUCUUGCACGAUACCCUGAUACAACGACCUUCUACCGUGCAGAGGUCAUGGGCUCUAAAAAGGACACUUAUCGCCUCAAGUUCGAAGGCGAAGAGGAUGAUAAGGAGAUGGAGGUGGACCGACGGUUUGUCCUCGAUAUAACAGGGAAGUAA